GCCAGCACGCGCUUCUAAUUGAUGCAUGCCACAUGGACGACUGACGGCGCUCGGCAAGCAGCUGCGUCAAGUGCUUGCCACGAUCUCGAGAUCGCAAACUGCCCAUGCCUGUCCAGCCACUGCACGACGAAAUACUUCCUAUACGCAACAACCUGCGCUCCAUGCCACCGAUGCUCCCAAUGGCAUCGCGAAUAGGACGACAGCCAGAGCUUCUGCUGCGACAAAUGGGGAACAGCUGCUGAACUUCAAUCCUAUAUCUGCGGCAGAUGGGUUAGAUCCGCAUGAAUCCAAUAAAACAUCUGCGGCAGAUGGGUCACAAUCGCAUGAGUUCAAUCAUGUACCUGCAGCUUCACGCCAGAGAUUCCGCGCGAGACACUCCCGCUGCAAAAGAGGAGUCGAUCCUAUUGGCAGUGCCUUGAGGGCAACUGGAAAGGCCCACUUGCAUUUCGUACGCUCUACACAUAUGCCAAACCUGCAUUCUCGUUCUCGCGACCCGAAACGUCGAAUUGGAUCCAAGAAUAAGCGCAGGCGAGCGGCUGCUGGCGCAGUCUCUCUUCAGAGCAUAUUAGGGAACUUUAUGAAAGCAGGGGACUGGGGUGUAGAUCCAUUGUCAGCUGACUGGCAGACCACUUACUCGCCUUCUAUCCAAGAGGCUGAGCACUUACGCGUGAGGGGGUAUGAUGUACAAGACGUGGCAGCAUGGGCAGCCAUUAUUGGCAACGAAGAUGUCUUCGAGGCUGCAAACACGCUUGCCACACGUAACAGGAGCAGCGGUGUAUUCGCUACGCCUUUGUUCGUCUUCCUCAAGCUGCUUCGUCGACCCGAUAUACUUGCUGGAAGCCUUCGAGUCUUGCUGGAGUUGGCAUAUACCAUUUUCGGCGAGAGGGCAAAGCUGUUAGCAUAUCCGCGAAGCGAUGAUGACGCCCGUUUCAUUGCUGUUGUCCGACUGCUUCGCCAUGCGCGAGAGCUGUGGCCAGCUAGUGUACUUAGUAUCGUACAGCUCUAUCUCCGUGGGCCUCAGCUGGAUCGAGCCACGGAAACGGACUCUCAGCUGUAUCGCUUUGCGGAAGUGGACACCUGCAAGUACUUGUCCACUGAAACGUACCGGCUGAAUAAGCUCAUGAGUCUCGUCUCGUUAUCGACAAGCGAGCAGCCCUUCAAGAAUUGUGACCAUCAAGAAGCCGCAUUAAUUCCAAUCUUGCGUUACAUGUCCGAGUAUGAACCUCCUCUGCACAUUGAUAGGCAAGGCUACCGAGCAGUGAUUCGCAUCCAGCUUGCACAACGCAAGACUUCUGACGAGCAACAAUGGGCCGGGCUGCAAGCGCUCUCGUGGCCACCAUGGAAAGAGGACCGCACAGGCAUGGAUGCACUAAUCACGAAGCAUGGCCAUGGCACGUCUAGGGCCAGUAAAACACUUCUCCGGAUGCGCGAGGCUGGCUAUAGGCCGUUGAAAUGGGAGCAGUUGGCCCAAAUUUAUGCUGGUUGGGACGUUGACGGAACACCGACUAUACAGACGAGAGCGCGCCUUGAAGAACCUGGGCUGUGGCUGUCAAAGAGCUCGCCAAAUUCUAUUUUCGAAUCUGCGCAAUGGGCAGCACGCAUUAUAACCACCCGCACUAUACAAGAGGCCUGGGCAUGCUAUUUAGCGUGGGAAGGUAAACAAUUGCCGCCAUCUCAAGAUGUGUUCCUCGCUAUUGCCAUGAAACUGCGUGAAGAGGCUCGACGGCCCCAUUUGGAGCACAAGCGUGCUUCACAGGCAGCUCAGCAGAAGGCUUGGCCGCUAUUCCCAGGGGAUGUCAAAGAGCUGUCGCCUUUGCCACCUUCCACCCAUCUCGAAACAUACACUCGGACUCCUCCUCCUCCCAAUUUGCAGGACUUCUACGAGGAUCUGAGAGAGAAGGGUUUUCGUCUACGCGGCUACACUCUAGCUUACUUCAUUCGCCAUGCUCGUACAUUGCCGUUCGGCCUGGCAUUGAUUCGGCACAGCGCAAGACAAUAUCCUGGCCUCACUCACAUGCUCUCGCGCCAACAAACACCUGAAUUAACGAAGGUGCCUCCGGUCAUCUACAAUGCUGUUGUCACGCUAUUCUCUCGCUUUGCGUAUGUGCCCCCGCUCGUCGACAUUUCCAGUGCGCCAUCAUCUAUUAACGAAACGAGCUCAUUCGUUCAAGACGACUUGAAUCAUAGCAGUGGCAUGAAUCAUCGCAGUGGCAUCGUGCAUGCCAUUCACCUCCUGCGAUUACGUCCAGCAUCUGCUGUGCACAUGUGGGACGCGGUCCAUCAAGGAUUGACUCGAGAGCGCAACAUCAGUUUUUUGGAGACAUUUCCAUUUGACCGCACUGUCCCGGCCAGUAGUGAGCAUUCUGCAGAAGAUAUAAGCGAAGAUCUCAAGAGAUGCGGAGGCAUUUUCCAGGCUUUUCGCUUGUCGCGCUGGAUAUGCAAUCUUCAGGCUCGGUAUGGCGUCAAAUUCAGCACGUCGGCGUUCUAUAGCGUCUGCAUUGUCACGGAAUACAGAGCGGCCGCUACCUGGACUGUCCUGCAGGUCGCCGAAGCUAAUGGCCAUGCAUCGGAAGGGCAUCAAAGCUCCGUUCAGUUCGAAAAGCUCGUCAACGCUGCCAAAAGCCUCUACAUCACCAAGGUUGAUGGCAGCAAAGGCAAGUGCCAGGUACUCGCAUCGCCCCAUAUACUUUUCCGUCAGUUGGUGGGCCUAGACGAUAAGCCAGUCGAAAGCGGAGCUGAUGAAUCUCGUCCACCACAUCUCUUGACUGUACCCAGCCCAGCUGUUCUUCACGUGUACAUCCGCGCCCUUGGCUGGCUGUCUCGUUACCUGGAACUGCAUCACCUAGCGCAAUGGAUGCUCAAAUUUCGCGGGGAGCUCCUUGUGCGUAGGAAACAGGACAGAAAUGGAGAUGAAAUGAUGCGAAGAGCCAUCGUAGCGUUGCGUGUCUUCUUGGAGAGAAGUUGGCUUCCCGGAUGCAAGGCUGGAAUCAAUUACCAAGUCUGGGACGAUGGCAGCGCGCUUGCUGACACUCGGAAGAGGCUCCAAGCUAUGCAAGCGCCCGCCAGUGAUGAGCUUAUCGAUUCUAUCAAGGAUAUUGUUGAACAGGUGGAAGAAUGGGGAGGUUGGCCGAGCGAUGAUGAGGUGGAAUGGUAUUCUGCUGACCAACGGUUCCAGUCGUCUAGAGAGUAUUAUGAGAAGUGGAAACAGAAGCGGAUCGAGAAGCGGACCGAGAGGUUGAAGUGGUGGCAGGAGAAGCGCAACAAGAAGCGGAACCAGGAAUCAGAAGUAUGAGAAGUAGGUAUGUUCCACUAGAGCCUUAUCCGCGCUGUAGAGAAGAAACCAUGUGAAAAAGCAG